AUUGGAUAGUAACGAGUCACUGAGUUACUAGUCAUCGUAUGAAACCUUCUUAAGAUCCCAUUGAUUCUGUCUUGAAGAGAUCAGUAUCAAUUACAUUCUAUAUGACAAACAUUUUCGGAUGGGUUCAUUUCUGUGACCGGACAUAUCCGGAUGUGAAGGAUGAAAUACUCUAACGAUGAAAUUUCACGCCGUACAUGGAGGGAAUGUUAUAGUAGAAGAUGGUGGUACCAGAGCUUUGAGACCAGUUUCUUUUUGCGAUGCUAUCACUUUUAGUUACAAGCCAAUUUCUGUCAACACCAGAAUAUCAAUUUUACUUGGAGCUAAUGAAGAAUGGACGGGUGCUCUAAGAUUAGGUGUCACUCUACACGAUCCAAAUACUAUAGUUAGUUUACCUCGAUACGCUUGUCCAGAUUUGAUAUCUAAACCUGGAUAUUGGGCUAGGCCUUUACCCGAAAAUUGGGCAACUAACGGAACUAGAUUAACGUUCUAUAUUAAUUCAAUGGGACAUUUUCAAUUGUUCGUAAAUAACGAACAUAAAGGAGCACUUUUGUCCGGACUUCCAGUUAAAGAACAGUUAUGGAUUCUUCUAGAUUUGUAUGGAAUAACAGUGUCUGUAAAAUUUAUAACGACUGAUUUUCAUGAAAAUAUUCAAAAGAAGUUGAUGAAAAGCUUCAGAUUAAGAAUGAAGAGAAGUAGAACAAUGCUUCCAUAUUAUUAUUUCUUCAGCAUUCUCCGCGACGAAAACAAGCUUAAGCAAUGGCGUCGUCGAACGGUGCACACUCGCAGCAGCAAUGAAGAACCAAAGAAAGAAAUUGAUGCUACUUGCAUCUGUCAGACACAAAAUGGAGUGGAAGGAAGUAAAUGGAUUGUAUUGACACCUGGUGGUCAGGAUUUGAAUCAAAAUCCCAAUAAUAUGGAAUAUGUUCAAGAUUAUAAUCCUGAAGAAGAAUAUUAUUGUGCAAUUGCUGCCAAUGUAGUACGAGAAUUAUUGCAACAGAAAAGGAAAAAAUCUGGAAAGAAGAUAACUCCUUUAGUACGAAGUGCCUUACGCUUACAAUCUAGCCUUACAAGAAAAUCGUUAAAAGAAGAAGGAUUAUCUGGGAUCAAACAAAUAAUCAAUAAAGAAUCUAUGGAAGGCUGCAUUUUAGAAAAUGAAGAUAUUCCAUAUGAUUUACCUGAGAGAGUUGUAGAAUUAGUUGAAGCUAUGCUUAAAGAAGCUGAAAAUAAACAAGAAUGGGACCAAAAUGAAACUAAAAAAUAUUUAGUAGAAAAUCCUUGUAUAACAUUUAAUAUUUGGGAUUAUAAUGGUCAUCCAAAAUAUUUUAUUUUACAUCAGUUAUUUUUAUCACCUCAGUCAAUAUAUAUUUUUGUAUUUGAUUUGACAAAAGAUUUAGAUGAACCAUUGGAUCUACAGAAUUCAAAAUGGUUAGAACUUCCAGACAGUAGUGAGCUUACAACUUUACAAAUAUUUCAUAUAUGGCUUUCUGCUAUCCACAUAUCUAUUGGACAUAAUAAUGGAAAUAAUGAUAAUAAAGAUGUGGAAGAUAAAUCAUCAUCUCCGAUAUUAUUGCCUAUUGUGAUAUUUGUUGGAACUCAUAGAGAGUCUGUUCAUUCCGACCAAGAAAUAAGAGAAAGAAUGAUAGAAGAUUGUUUUAAUAAAAUCAAAGAUUAUUUAAGAAAAUAUCCAUACUAUUAUCAUGUUUUGCCCAAUUUUUUUGCUAUUGAAAAUAAUUCUGAAGAUGAACAAUUAUUAAAUCUUAAAAAAUGUAUAGAAGAAAUGGCUUCCCAACAAUCACAUGUUGGAAUGGAGAUACCAUUAAAAUGGCUGGCAUUUGAAAAUGCUUUAGGUCGACUAGUAGAAAGAAGAAUAUUUUUAGCAGAAAUGCAUCAAUUAGCAGAAGUUGCGAGGUUAGAAGGUAUUGAAUCAGACGAAGCAUUCCAUUCUAUGAUGAAUUUUUAUCACCAUCAAGGUAGAAUAUGGUAUCUUCCAUUGGAUUAUUUGGAUCAUGAAAAAGAUGAUGCUGCCAAAAAUACAGUCGUGCUUAAUCUUCAAUGGUUUAUUGAUCAUAUUUAUUUAACACUCGAGGAAAAUAAAAAUGAUGAUCAAACUGAAAAUGACGAUGAAACUACAAACAAUUUAAAAAAUUCAGAAGCGAUAAAUGGAAUUAUUAUUGAUAAUUAUUUUGAAAAUAUCUGGCCUGAUACUUUUCAUCACAAAAUAACUCUACUUGAUAUUUUGGAAACGGCAGAUGUAUUGUGUGAAAUUGAUCCUGAAAAGGACUUAGAUAAAACUGAAAAUCAGCAAAGUGUAUGUUAUUUUUUCCCAUGGAUGGCACAAGAAAUUAUGGAUCACAAAUUGAUACCUGUUACCAUGUCUAGUUGCUUAAAUUUAAUAGUUGAAUUUCCAGAUUUGUUACCAGAUGUGGUUUUCUCAAAAUUAGUUACUAGAACAUUUCGAUGGUCUGAACAACAUAGCUGGAGAAAAAUGCCAUGCAUUUUUCGGCAAACAGCCAAAAUAGCUGUCGAUCAUCAUCAUGAUAUUAUAAUGAGAAGAUCAACACCUGCUUAUGAUCGAAUCAGGAUUAUUGUAACUNUAAAAUCAUUGUCAUAUAUUCAAAAUAUAAAUAGAAUGACCACAAAGUUUAUAUGCAUUUGUUAUUAGGUUCGCCAUCUAUUAGAGAGUGAAUUAGAAGCAAUUAGAGACAAUUGGUACAAAAGAUUAUCAUUUCGUUUGUGUGUUCCAUGCCCUUGUGAAAGGUAUUGUGAUAAACACCACAUCAGUCAUUGUAUGGAAGAAAGCUGUGUUCAUUUAUUAUUAUUAAAUGACUGUCUUUCUCAAAAGAUUAUAGAAUGUGACUAUAGAAGAGUUAAAACUGACUUUAUUCAAAGAUACUUUCCUGAAUCAUCAUCUUCAAAUGAUGAAUACUCAUUAAUGACUGGUGCUGAGAUUCGUUCUUGUUGGGAAAGCUCUGAACUUUCAUCUCAUGAUCCUCAAUGGAUUAGAAGUGCAGCCAAAGUUCUUAGUUUUGGAAAUGUAGGAAAAGAUUGGACAGCUCUAAGCAAAAAAUUAGGUUAUAGUGAAAGAGAAAUAGCACGAUUUGAAGAUGAUAUUCAUCCGAGCAUGUCUUUAAUUGUCGAUUGGAUAGAAAGUAAUGGGAGAACUCGAUAUUGUAUUGAUUUAUUAAUAUCAUGCCUGGAACAAAUAAACAGGAAAGAUGUAGCAGAUGUUAUACAGAAUGAAAUUGGACCAGAAUUACCUGCUCCACCUGUAUUUAUAAGUUAUCAAUGGGAUUCUCAAGAAGCUGUUCUGGGUUUAAGAAGAAGAAUGGAAUUGGCAGGAUUUCCAUGUUGGAUGGACGUUGGACAAUUGGGUGGUGGUGAUUCUUUAUAUGGAAAAAUAUAUGAAGGAAUUAGCAAAGCAAAGGUAGUGUUGUGCUGCUUGACUCCCAGCUAUGUUAUAUCUCCAACAUGUUCCCGUGAAGCUAGCCUUUCUGAUGUGCUACACAAACCAAUAGUUCCUGUCAUGUUAGAGCCUACUCCAUGGCCACCUCAGGGUCCUCUUGCUAUUAUAUUAAGUUCUUUGGUUUAUGUUGAUUUAUGUGGAAUUGGUGGGCAUGGAGGAAGUGGACGUCUGGCUGACUGGGAAAGCAGAUUUCAAGAGAUUGUGGAACGGGUAUCUCAUUACAUAUCACCCAUGUUUGCACCACCAAUCCUUACUCCAAGAACCACGGGAAAAGCAAUAGUAUCAUGUACACAAACACUCCGUCUGGAAGAAUAUAGCAAUCCAGCUUUAAAUAUUACAGACAGACAUGGAAUAUUUGAAGAUCAACAAGAUGAAACAACAUUUACGGAUGACACCGAAGACAUAAAUCCCUACACAAAUAACAGAAGAAGAGAAGACACACCAAUGGCAUGGCAACAGCCAAGAGUUAUAAAUCGCGUAACCCGAUGUUCUAUAUGUAUUUUACUUUAACAUUAUAUUUUUAUUUAUAAAUCAUAAACAUCAAAAUCAUAAAUUUGUAUGUAAAUAUGUAUAGAUUGCAUCAAAAAAAAAAAAAUAACUGUUCUCUUUUACAUAUAUGAAUUUCUUCAUUUCACAUGUUGUAAUAUUAUUCUUCUGUUAUGUAUUUCAUAUUGAUAUUUAUAUAAAUAUUUAUAUAUACAUAUAUAUAUUAUUUAAAUAAAA